ACAGCGAUGAAAACAACGUGAUGGCAAAGUAUCCAAAAUUUGACUUAAGAAACUAUUUCUUUUGAUUUAUUCUCACGAGAAUGCAUCGUCCAAGGCGGAAACGAGCCACACGAUGUUUGGAGUAUAAUAAUGGGAUGUUACAUGAGGAAGAGGUAGCAUUACGUCGUGCUUUGCAUGCAUCGCUUGCUGCUAUCAAAAGUCAAGGAGAUGAAGAGGAAAGCAACAGAAUAGAGGACAAAAAAAACAACUGCUCCUCAUCUAGCGGUAUAAAAGCCAACCAGCGGGCAGCAAGUUUUAGCAAACUUGAUGAGACCUCACAAAGAAAAAGAUUUAAGAGAAGCAAUUACGAGAACGCUGAAAGAUGUAGAAAAAAACUCAAUAAACGUACAGUUCUUGCACAAUCUAGUAAUGGACAUAGUAAAAAGUUUUCACAGCAACCUAGUGUUUCAAAUGGAGUUAAAUUAAACGAGAAGAAACUCCGUAAGAAAAAGAAACCAGCAGAAAAUGUAGUCAAUAAUAGUAAUAAAAGAACUAAUGAAAGUUUGCCAAAAGUUCGUGUACAAAGAAAAUUUGCUCAAGCAAAUGUACUAAGUCCAAGGAGUUUACAUAUGUUUCAAAGUCAAAUGCAACCAACAACUACGCGUGCUAAAACGGAAGAUUUUCUUGAUUUUCUUUGUCUCCGAGGAUCAAGCACAUUACCAACAUCUUUAAAUAUGUUUAAUAAUCCUUGUGCACCUCUGUCGCCUUUAUCUGAUGAAGAAGAUGAUUCUAAAUCAUCUUCCUCUAAAAUAAUCAAUGAUGAUGAAAAUAUUGAUGAACCAAAGUCAAGUCUUCUUGAACAACAUUGUGUGUCAAAUACUUCAUGUAAAACAAACUCUCAUAUGUCAUCACCAACUUCAGCAAGGGCUCAACCUCGUGCUAUUCUACCAGAGUUCACAAAUAAUCAUGGUGUAUUUUCAAACAUUCCCUCUCCAAUUUCAUAUCCAUCAUCAUCUACUACUCCUUGUAAACAACCAGGAUUUAAUGAAUACGGUAUCCCCACUAGUUGUCCUGCGACACCCCCCUUGAUCCCCAUGGGACCACGGUUGUCUACAUGUGUCACUAAGUCUUCUGUUUUACUUGGGGAAAGUAAAAGUUUUCAUUCUAUUGCUGCAUCAAGUAAUGAAAAUGUUGAUAGUCUAUGUACUGAAGAUGAAGGAAAUAUUGAGAGUUGUAGACCUUUGGAGAAGAAGAAAAGGCAAACCUGUCUGUUUAAGGAUUCUUCAGAGAUUGAUGAGACAAAAAUAGCCAAAGAUGUGAUAAAGAAGAAAGAUAUGGUUGCCAUUAACAAAGAAAAUUUUGAGGCAUUAAACACUGAAAAAGAAAAUCAAAAUGUCCCCGUAUUUACACCAACCGAGUCGGAAUUUAAGAAUCCCAUGAAGUUUUUUGAGUCAAUAAAAGCGAAUGUGGAAAAAUUUGGUAUAUGUUUAAUCUCACCACCAAAAUCAUGGCAGCCGGAGUACUCGUUGUCUGACGAAAUACGUUUUACAACCAAACUGCAACGUAUACAUUGCUUAAAAAAAAAAUGCCCUAGUGUUGAGGUGGAGAUGUGUGCGAUAAAAAAUCAUCUUGAAGAUCAGAAUAUUCUUUUUACAACUAUGCCACAGAUUGCUGGCUGUGAACUGGAUCUUCCUUUUAUGUCUAAAGUCGUGGAAGAAUUUGGUGGGCUACAACAAAUCAUCGAUAAAAGAAAAUGGCACAAAGUCGCGGAUAGUUUACGCAUACCAAAAUCAGCGACAGACAGAACAACAAAGUUGGAGCAUAUUUAUUGCAAAUAUUUGCUGUCUUAUGACAUGUUGUUACAGGAAGAAAAAACACGGCUACGGGAAAUUGCUUCACAAGAGUUGAACAAUCAGAAAACAGCUUCACAAUACCUGACAAAGGGUCGUUCAAUGUCUUUGGCAUUGUUUCAACGUAAUGCGAAAAUAUUAAAGAGCAUUUACUGCAGAAAGAUGAAGAUGUGUCUGAAAUUGAGAAAAUAUUUGAUAGAAUAUCUCGUGAAGGUGAAAGAUACAUUGUUGUCCAUUCUGCUGAGUUUGAGGGAACGGCAUUCCCAACCAGUAAAAUGAAGCCGUUUUACAAGUCUAGAUGGAAUUUAAACAUUUUACCUAAAUCACCUGGAUCGCUUCUCAGAGAUAUUUCUAGCAUUGAAGGAAUUACAUGUCCAAUGGUAAAGGUUGAAAUGGUAUUGUCUACUGAAACAUGGAGUUGUUCACCUCACCAUCUUUAUACAAUUGAGUAUUGUCACCACGGAGACGGCAAGAUUUGGUAUUCU